AGAGCAUUUUUUCAUUCAGCUUUGUCUCAUAAUUAUGAGCUUUAAGAGUGGUGUUUUCUUAUCACACUGAUCUGUAUAACAGGAAGAAAUUCAUUCUGUCUCAGGAAGCAACCUUAUAGUUCAGCCAUUUUGAUUACUUCUUUGACAAGUUUAUUGCUGCAGUGAGAUUUAUUAGUCUCAUGCCCUGUUACAUCCUUAUGCAGGGAACUAUGAUAUUCCUGCCUAAUUUAGCUAACUUAGUGGCUGCUGCCACUUCCUGAAGAAAAAUAUGAAGUAGUUCACAAAACUUCCUGUAAAGCUGUCCUAUUCUGCAUGGGAAAAGUAACUGCCCAGUGAUUGCCUCUGGAAACAGCAGUGAGGCUGUGUGGUGGCCUGAAUGAGCAGCUGUCCUGGGUUUCUGUGCAUUUCCAAAUAUCCCAUGAGCACGCAACGGAGACAAAGAUAGUUCACCUUCUUUAUCCCAGAAAUCCCAUAGACAUUAAUAGUAGAACCGUUUGUGUGGUUAUUUAGCUUUCCAAAUUAGCUCUGCUAGUACUUAUUUUCACCUAAUUUAGAAAAUGUUCUGAGGUCAUGUAACAACAGUGCAGUAUAAGUGCUGGAUAUUAGUAGUGUAACUUGUUCAGUAAGUGGUAGAAGGUUGAGAACAGUCACAGUUUCUUAAUCUAAGCAAAAUGGCUCCAAAUCUGUCUCACUGCAAUAUUUCAAAUGACUGUCAAAUAGAAGAAAAUCUGCAUUUCCAAGUUGCUUCCUCUUGGAUUUCUACAUGUCUGUGGAGGCCAGUUUAUUGAUGUAGAUUGAGAGUGAAAAAUCUAUGAGAAAGUCAUGUGUUUUCCAAGCUGCCCAGUACUAUCUUCACUCUCAUCUGAAGCUAUGCUAUAUAACGAAAAGGGACAGAGCUACGUCUGUAUUUCCUGGGUUAGAGUAAUACUGAACUCAAAAGUAAGAGAGCUAAUGCUGAGGUGAUCAAAUAUGGAUCAGAGUAUUCCCAUCCCUCAAAAAAAAGAAAAGAGCUGGGCUUCUGUUUUAAAUGGGGCCUGAACUGAUGUUUGUGUCGCAUGGACAGGGUGGGGAAGUUCCUAGUGGAAAUGUUGCUCUGAUGCUCCAGGAGUUUUUGCUUUACAAAAGCCAUACUCAUGGUUGAAAACAAACAAACAAAAAAACUUUUAUACUGAAGAAAAGAAGUUCCAGUAUCUUCACGUUUAUGUUUUAAAUUUUACUUCUUUGGAAAGUCUGGAAAAUAUUAAGGAAAAAUAACUGCUUAAUGGAAGCUAGAACAAGAAGGCCUGAUGUGUAACUAAGACUGUUGAAUUUGUAUUCAUUCACACUAAUCUAAUUAUUACUUUCUUUGAAUGCUCUGCUGUGAGACAAAAUAAGCUAGUGCUGGAUUUGAGAACCACAGAGUGAGAAAAUGCUGCAAGGAGGAGCACUGGAUGGAAUCUACAGGUUGGUGCAGUUUCACAUUCACUGGGGCUCCUGUGAGGGCCAGGGCUCUGAGCACACUGUGGAUGGCGUGAAGUAUGAUGCUGAGCUUCAUAUUGUUCACUGGAAUGUAAAAUAUGGCAAAUUUGCUGAAGCUGUGAAGCAUCCUGAUGGUUUGGCUGUGGUAGGCAUCUUCAUGAAGGUAGGGAAUGCCAAACCUGAAAUACAGAAAGUUGUUGAUGCUCUGAACUCCAUUCAAACCAAGGGGAAACAAGCUUCUUUCACAAACUUUGACCCUACUGGACUGCUGCCUGCAUGCAGAGACUAUUGGACAUACCCUGGCUCCCUGACCACUCCACCACUGAAUGAAUGUGUGAUCUGGCAUGUUCUGAAAGAACCCAUCACUGUCAGCUCUGAGCAGAUGUGCAAACUCCGUGGCCUUUGCUUCAGUGCUGAGAAUGAGCCGGUGUGCCGCAUGGUGGACAACUGGCGCCCAUGCCAGCCUCUGAAGAGCAGGGAAGUCAGAGCUUCCUUCCAGUAACCUCAGCGAUGUGUGUGAUAGAAACUGCUGUUUAUGUGAGGAACCCUUUUUGCUAAGCACAAAUCAAACCUUUGCCAUGUGUGUCCUGGCAACAUCUUGUCUCCCAUAUUCGCUCUCUCUUUCAUUCUAUAUCUAAAAUGCCAGCUAAUGAAAUGUGAAAGGCUCUUGGCCAAACAGGAAGGGGUUCUUAAUGUGUGGAGCUGAGGGGGGGGCUGUGUGCAUUUUGAUGACUUGCUGUGUCUGACAUUUUGUUGUGACAGACAAUAUAUUGGCUGUUUGGGAGAGCAUAUGGUGAUAGCAAAAUAAGCCAUUCUAAGAAACCUCAUCCACUGGUGUGAUAGUACAUAUAACUAAUGAUAACUUGAAGCUUUGUCAAAAGCACAGGAAUACAAAAUAUAGGUAUAGUAUAGGAAAAAAAAAGUAUAUUGAGAAGGAAAAGUAAAAUUGAAUACUGAGAAUUAGUCUUAGCUGUUAAGAAACUGACAUGUAAAUAUUUUGAAGACCAUUUUACAUUUUUACCCAUACUGUCAACAACCUUCAUGGUAGUGUGUUGGAUUUUUUUAAUUAAAAAUGUUCUAAAUUAAGUAUUAUCUUUUAAAAUUGUUACCACAGAGUACAAAGUAUCUUUUCACUGAAAUAAUAUAUGCUCUAAUUUAAGGGGGAAAUAAAAUUGUAUUUUAGAUAACUUCUCUAAUAAAUCUAUACUUAUA